UCCACCUCGACCCAAGCGCAGGUGGCAGCUAGAGUAGGUGGUAGAACUUGGAGAUGGCUUCCCCAUUGGUGAAGAAGCCAUCAUUCGACCGCGAGACCGCAAUCCAAGAGGUGGUCCGAGGGCGAAAGCUCGCCGCCCGGCUUCAGUCCCUCCUUAGCGUUGAUACCCGGAGGGAGCUGGUCCAUGGCCUCAUGGAAGAGGUAUCGCAAUCUUUUACGAGGGCUCUGUCGGUUUUGAAGCCUACCGGCAUUUCGAAAGCAAUCCAAGAGUCGGCGUCCAUGGAGGAUGGCUCAGUUUGUUCUGGCCAUCAAGGAAGGAAGAAGAUGAAGACCAGUCCUCCGGCUAAAGGAGUUCAUAGUCGCAGCAGGAGGCAUCCGCAGUCAUGGACGAUUAUUACAUCUUCCCCCCAUCAUGACGGCCACGAGUGGAGGAAAUAUGGGCAGAAAAAUAUUCUAAGCUCAGAGUUUCCAAGAUGCUACUAUAGAUGCACUCAUAGAAACGACCAAGGGUGCCUGGCAGCUAAAAUAGUGCAGCAAAAGGACAGUAAUGACCCACCCAUGUUUGUGGUCACUUACAUCAGACAACACACAUGCAAAACAAGCUCGCCCAUUUCCCAACUUUUAAUGGACUGUUCUCCAAGUGAGCCAUGCAUGCUUAGCUUUGGAUCAGACUGCAGUGGGAUCAAACAAGUCCAAUCUUUGCUUUCAUCCUUGAACUCCACAGGUAAAGGUCAUGUGGGAGAUGACGUAAUAAGCCCAAAGUUUGAUACUAGCUCACCGUCUAAUUAUCCUGUAUCACCGGAUCUAACAACAGUCAAGUCAUGGGACACCCCAAGGGAUAUGCUUUCAGGCAUGUGCUUCUCUCCGAAUUCUGAUGGUUUGGACAAGCACUUGCUGAUGGAUCCAUGGCAUCUUGAUCAAGGGUUUGCAUUUGACGACUCGAGUUUUUUCGAAGUCUAAUUUGAAUUGGAUCAUGUCAUUUUUAUCUCCUUUGAACUGCAUAGCUUGUGAUGCAGUUUGGGAAUCGUUGUCUUGCUUGCAUUCGAGAUGGAAUAAUUAUUGGUGAUAAUGUUCUACUUUUCCUUUUGUAUUGUCAUGCA